ACGCUCACGGAUCAUGUCAGGAUGGAAAUAGCAACAUUGUACAAGUUUAUUUUACGCCUGCUACGUUAGGUUAUACAAAAUCAGACAGUUUGCGCAUUAUAGGCUGCAACGCUGUAGCCAUCUAGCCUACGUGGUAUGAUAUCAGUUUCUCAUAUUGUUUUAUCACUGUUCAGUUUAGAUACAAGCCUAUACUUGCCAAAUUGCCUAUCAAUAAUUAUGUGUGUAGCCUAAAUUGAUAGUCUAUUUCUGUCCAAAUUUCAAGGACACAUUUGAUUUGAUAAUAAUAUAUAUAUAUAUAAUUACGCAGCUCUACAUGUCGUUGUAACAGUCACUAUACAUUGCAUUAUUAAGCCAUCAUCUGCUGCAGCAUUGCAGUGAUUCGUUCCCACAUUUGGGGAAGGUCACGUUAUAGCGAACCGGGAGCUGCCUGCCUGCUGAAUUGUACUGCGCAAAACCCAUAGUCCGGAUUUGUGCCUGACGUCAUGGGUAGCCACCAUUAGAUUCGUUCUUUGACAGUUGGAGCACGGAGAGCGCAAGCACAGAUAGCCAUCAGCAUCCCCUCACGGCAUUACAAACGGUAGAGAACGAACAGAAAAGAUGUCGAGUGGACCGUUAUACGACGCUACAUAGGGAGAGACCUCGUUUUCCUCUUCAAAGCGGCCCCCGAAACGCGCUGCAGUGGAGCGGAGUAUGCGUCGCUAGGUGAAUUGAUAAAUAGCUUUGCUGUUAAAGGGAUGCAGUUGUUGCUUUUCUGCCUCUAAACUAACAGCGACAGCACAACGGCGCUUUGGAUAAAGCAGCAAGAACAACAACUAAUCCCCGGAACGAGCACAACAACUAGGCUACAUCUGCCACCGGCAGGGAACCAAGGACAUAAACCAAGAAUACAAAUGGAAACGUUAGCACGAACUGGAUUAAAUUAAAGAGAAUAUAGAGAUUUUUGAGAAUAGGGAAUGUUUUCAUGGUAUGUACGUUAAUUUUAGCUUUUAUUUUCUGUGGAAAUGGGAGCUUUAACCAGCAGACAAAAUGCAGGAGUGGAAGAGGUCGAUAUACCGUCGAACUCGGUGUACCGCUAUCCACCGAAAUCUGGAAGUUACUUUGCCAGCCACUUCAUCAUGGGCGGGGAGAAGUUUGACUCCACCCACCCCGAGGGAUACCUGUUCGGAGAGAACACCGACCUCAACUUCCUGGGAAUCAGACCAGUGGCGUUUCCCUAUGCGGCCCCACCUCCUCAGGAGCCAGUAAAGACGCUACGAAGCCUUAUAAACAUCCGUAAGGAUACGCUGAGGCUCGUACGGUGUAGUGAGGACCUGAAGCUGCCAGGGGAGGACGUGGCAGGGAAAAGCAAAGCCUGUUACAACAUAGAGUUCACCUUCGACGCUGACACACAGGUGGCCAUCACCAUCUACUAUCAAGCUAUAGAGGAGUUCCACAACGGAGUGCCAAUCUACCUCCCCCAGGACAGCUCUCUCCAAUCAGAGACGGUGCACUUUAAGAGAGGAGUCUGUCAGCAGUUCUGUCUGCCCUCUCACUCCAUCAAUCUAUCAGAGUGGGCCGAUGAGGAGUUGCUGUUUGACAUGGAUAAGGAUGUGUUUCCCAUGGUCGUUCAAGCAACAGCAGACGAGGGGGAAGAUCACAUGGGUCACACCCAUGUCCUCCUGGCCACCUUUGAGAAGCACAUGGAUGGGGGCUACUGUGUCAAACCUCUGAAACAGAAACAAGUGGUGGAUGGGGUGAGUUACCUUCUUCAGGAGAUCUACGGCAUCGAGAACAAGUACAACAGCCAAGAAUCAAAGGUUGCGGAUGAUGAGAUCAGUGAUAACAGUGCGGAGUGUGUGGUGUGUCUGUCGGACGUCCGCGACACACUCAUCCUGCCCUGCAGACACCUGUGUCUCUGCAAUGCCUGCGCCGACACUCUCCGCUACCAGGCCAACUGCUGCCCCAUCUGCAGACUGCCGUUCCGGGCCCUGCUGCAGAUCCGAGCCAUGAGGAAGAAGCUGAGUCCUCUCUCUCCUGCCGGGUUUAACCCCGUUAUCACCUCCCAGACCUCCGAUUCAGAGGAACACUCGGCGUCGGACCACAUCCCCCCAGGUUAUGAGGCAGUGUCCCUCCUGGAGGCUCUGAACGGGCCCCUGAGCGUGUCUCCCUCGGCCCCCCCUCUGCAGGACCUCACUGGGGGCCACGUCUCAGGGACCCUGCCCCACUACAGCAGUGAGACCCACCCCGCCCCGGCCCGCUCCAUGUCCCCCCUGGACCACUCCAACUCCAGCCAGGGACUCAAACUGAAGAAGAGCGGAUCCAAGUCUCUCUCCCAGAAUUCUUCGGUGCUGCCCGAGGAGGAGGACGAGAAGUCAGAACGCAGCGAAUCAGAAGUUCAGGCCUGCCGUCGGAAACAACAACCGGAGAGUGGUGUAACUCCAGAGAGUGAGAACCUGACUCUAUCCUCGUCUGGAGCCAUAGACCAGUCCUCCUGUACUGGGACACCUUUCUCCUCCACCAUCACCUCCCCUGAAGACCAAGUGAGCAGUAGCCUGGCCCAGUCAGUCAUGUCCAUGGCUUCUUCCCACAGCCAUCACUCUCAGAUCAGCACUGACACCCUGUCUUCCAUGUCCGGUUCCUACCUGGCCGGGCCGGAGGGGGAGGUAGAGGGGGAGGAGGGGGGAGAGGCAGAGGGGGAGGAGAACCAGGACGCACCCAUGGAGAGCCGGGGACCCUCACAGCAGGAUGGGGAGGAGCUACCCAUGGAGUCAAAAGAACAGAACUUCUCAGUCGCUGUGUCAGAAGAGCAGGAUUCAGAGGGAAAUGAUGUCACAGAGGAAGACUGCCCCUCCCCUUCCCACGAGCAGGGUGGGCGGAGCAGGUGUCCAGAGUUGGCCAAUAACAAUCAGGGCGUCGCCCUCUGCGACACGCACUGUUUGGGGGGGCUGGACAAUGAGCAGGUUCCCGACAGCCGAUUCGCCGGUCUGAUGUAUCUGGGAGGCUAUAGGCCAGUGUUGGAGCCCCUCCCCCACCACGCCUCAACCAGUAAUAUCAAUAUGGAGGAGCAAGGGGCGGAGACUAGGGACGGCCAGAGUCCCAAACACACACCUCGCACACCACGCCGCGGACCACUCAUUGUGUAACACGUCCACACAUGUCCAGUUCUGACCUCAGCAUCAUAACAGCACAGACUGAUAUUUUAUCCAUUUUACGCAACCUCAUGAUUACGCAGUAGACCUCGUCCUUCAUUCCUGCAUCUCCUCACCUGAUCAACCAAUGCCCCUGUCCUGAGGCAGUGUCCUCACUCAACCGUCCUACACCUCUCCUCACGCUCUACCUGGUAAAUAAAUAUAGAGGAGCGUCUAUCUCAGUUGCUAAAACUAACAGGGAAAUCUUGAAGAGGAUUUAACCUAUCCACAGUCCAAAAAGGAGUCUGCUAGAGUUAGACCGUUCCCUCCCCCCUCAAUGUUUCAUAAUGGCUUUCUUGUGUUAUGUGUCAUUGGUAAGACCUUUGGGACUCCUCCCCCCCUUGCCUCGACCAACCAACCAAUCAGGGGUUAGUGUGAUCUGCAAUCUAAUUAAUAUUCAUGUAUUUCUGUUUGACAUUCUAACGAGUUGUCGAACACCAUAAAAACAACAGUUAGCGUCACUAGACUACCAAACUGGAUUCUACUGGACUGGACUCUCCGGCUCCAGUCCAUGAACCAGUAGACGCCGGCCCUGGUUUUGCAUGCAGCGCUCUUAUGUCUCCAAUCAGCCCUACUGUACUCAACAGUGAUCUGUCCUGAAUGGGUCUUGCCUCGUUAGCUAAGAAACUGGACUUGCUGUACAUGGUGGUGAAUGGAGGAUUUGAUCAAAAAUGGCAGAUUUGUCCCUAAAAUGGAGGACUUGAUUUGCUCCAAAUUGGUGGUGGUAGAUAGAUACUGAACUGUAAAGAAGACAGAGCGGAGUCCCUGAGAAUGUACGAUGCCGAUGGAGGAUGUGGAACAAUCAGGGGAGAAUGUAAUGUAAUGAUUUGUUUUGGGGUUAUUAACUGUGGAAGAAUGACCUCUGAACUACCACCUGUGUCCCUUGCACACCUUUCCCAACACACACACAGUCAUACACACCAGUAUUAUCUAAGUUUGACUCGCUGGUGUAAAGAGCUUUACCACAAGGACAUUAAAGCAAUACAGAACCUAUACCUGGAAACAAGGAGCACACAUCACCCUACAAAAACACCUGAGCUGUUCGAUAGACAAACCUGAACCUUCUUCUCUUCAUUUUGUGAAAUCCUUUAAUUUUUUUAAUUUUCUAUUAUAUUGUUUUUAGUGUAUAGCUCUCCUGUUAAUGUCGUCACAUGUUCUGUGUUUUAUUUCUUUAAACAAAAAUGUGUUGUUCAUUACGUGGAUGAUAUGUGAAAUUAAUAAUGGUACUUGAGAAGAAACAAAACUACUUUUAAAAAAGGGAUGAUUACACCAACAUGGAAUGCACUUCUUGCUGUUACCUAAGCAACACACUUUGCAGCGCAUGAGGCGAUUGUAGAGUAAAGCAUGGUAGUCUAGGUCAGUCUCAACACCCCUGUAGAGUACCCACAGUGGUAUGCUCCACAGAUCCCCCCCCAUAAAGAGUACUCAUAGUGGUACACCCCUCUGACCUUUCUGUAUUGUCAUAUUGUCUCCAAAUGACACCCAAUUCCUUAUAUAGUGCACUGCUUUGACCAGAACCCAAUUCCCUGUAUAGUGCACUACUUUGACCAGAACCCAAU